UGGAUGGAUGGAUGGAUGGAUGGAUGGAUAGAUGGAUAGAUGGAUAGAUGGAUAGAUAGGAAAUAGUAGUCUCCCACUAUUGUCUUUUACUGGCGCACUGGAAUCUGGACUGUUUGAUUUAAUCUGUAACACUGUUUAUAUUCUACCUUAAAAAAAAAACAGGGUGCCCCUUUAACCACAUUAUUUACCAGGAAAAGCUGCAAUCCCUUUCUCCAUAUAAAUCAUAAUCAUAAUCAUGACGUCCAAUUCACAGCAACUCUGGGAUUAUGUAGAUUAUGUAAAUUAUAUAGAUUAAGACAAAAUCAGUCUCUCUCCUUGCAUUUUACAUAAACAUAUUCUUAAACACUGGGAUUUCCCCACCCCCACCCCACCCCGGGACCUUUCUCAAGUAUAAGCUGGAAGCUUUAAGUACUUUGGUACUCCAAAGGGGCCGAAACUUGAAUUGUUGCUGAUGAUGAAAGCAGAGACAUGCAAAAACAUGAACUGCAAUUCUCAGAAUCUCCUUUUGCUGAGAUGAUGCAGAUCCUAGCAAAUGCCUAACUCUCAUUAAAGAAAAGGAAUCAAGGAUGAUUCUUCUGUCCCCAAGUAAAGGGCCUUCAUGGGUCUCCCUCAAGUAUUAUGUUCCUGAGAAGUUGAGAAUGUGGAUUCUUUUUUUAAUGGUUCAAAACAGAGCAGAACUGUUUGGUUCAAAGAGAUGUGUCUCUGGUGCAGAAUCCUUCUCUUUCCUGCCAGACUAAGCUUCAUGAGGACUGAGGAGGGGGAGACAAACCUCAGUUGCAGAUUCACCAGCCUCUUGCUUGCUUGUUGAAGCAGCAAAGCAUAAUGUGUGGGGCGGUUUGAAGAAGUUCAUGGUUUGCAAGUCCAUGAGUUAUAUUCUGGUAUAACUGGGGAAUCUAUUGUAUAAGAAGGAGAAGGGAGCAAGAUUUGUGAGUAGGCUGCUGUCAGGAAUGAUUUAGAUCUUUUAAUUUUUUUUCCUGAGGCUUCUUUGCUUUUAAUUAACUUGGACAACUAUAAUGCAGGGACCUCUUAUUUUUCUGUCACUUUUUUCUUUUUUCUCCUCUUCCUUCAAUCCUGUUUCCAUCUUUUCUCCCAUCUUUCUUUUUCCCCUCUCUUCCCCUUCCUUCUUUCCACCUUCCUUUCUCUUUCUUUCAGACCAGUUCCACAAUAUCACUGACCUCUGAGCCUUCCCUGCAGCUAUCUUCUGGACCAACUGACUCAGCUCCAUCUUAUAUGCUUCCUCCUAUGGGUCCCCCAAUUUCUUUAAAGCAACAACAGGCAAAAUAUGAUGGGUGUGACUCGGGUUCCCGGGCCCCUCUUCAGCUGGAGGUCCUUCACAUUGAUGAGAAAAGCAGUGCUUUAGUGGUGGCUUCGAUUCCAGAGUGCUCUCCCACCACCUUGCAUCAUCACUCGUCUGGACCUUGGACAAAGCCCCCACUUGCCAAAGCUUCUGGCACUCUCACAACCUCAGAUGGACUGAGCAAAACCACUCCUGGCAGGUCACUUCUCUUCUUUUCUGAGGUGGAGCCAUUGUCUGUUUGCGCUAAUGGUGCAGGAAUUCCGAAUCAGAGACCUGUGGAACCAGAAGAACCUCGGAGGGGGAAGCAGAAAAGUGAAGUCAAGGAUACUGUUGCUUUGGUUUCGAGCAGGGUGGAAAUACCAGCCCUCCAAGAAUUGGAACAGGGAGCUGCAUUUCAGCUAAAAGCUCCUGUUUUCAAGGAUAAUGGACUUAGGACCAUUGGUUACACCAGGCAAAGCAAUUCAGAAACAUCUCUGUUUACACCAAGAACGUCCCCCAAGAAAGAUCAUGUUGUGUCAGCAGUAUGCAGACCAGAUCUUUUUAAUGUAGAAAGAUGGGAGAGCUUUCCAGGCACCAAAGGGCAGCUGGGCUGGGCUGUGCAGCAGGGCUCCAACCAGAGGACUGAAAUCCGAGAUCCAGUGAGGGCAAACAGCUGCCCUGAUGUUGCUGAGAGGGGAUCCAGAAAGAACAGCCUUCUGAAUGGUGUCACAGGACGGUGGAACGAGCCAGCUUCCAGCUUGGCAGCUGCUCCAAAGCCUGCCAAAAAUGUCUGGGAAGAGGAAUUAGACAUUGAUCCUAAAAUUCCUGUGGAGAGAAUUUCCACAUCAAGCCAGGCAGGCAUUAGAAUGAAUGAGGAGAGGAGUGGGCUGUUGGCCAGAUGGAAGGAAUGUCUUCAUACUGCUUCUAGUUUGGCUGUGCAUGAAAUGUGCUUUGGGGUUUUCUGCUGGAUUUCGCUAGGUUGCAUGCUUUUCCAAGGUAGACACCACAAGCUUCUGGGUGUAGGACUUGGUUGUUGGCAAACUGUUGCUCUUAAUAUGUUUUGGGCCUUUGAGUUGUGAAAGUGGAACGCUCCCUGGGAUUGCUCUUGGUGGAGAGAAAUGUAACGGCCUGGAGGAAUAGAACAAUAGACAAUAAGGAUAGGACUCACCUCCAGAUCAUUGUUCUGUAGACCAGUGUUUCUCAACCUCAACAACUUUAAGAUGUGUGCACAAAUCUCAGAACUCUCCAGCCACACAUCUUAAAGUUGCUGAGGUUGAGAAAGACUGCUGUAGACUGAUGUAGAGAGACAUUGCCUGCCGAAGUUCAUACUACAGGAAAUGCUUGUUUCUUAGGUCUAUGGUUGUCUUGAUGCUGCAGUACAUGCUACUGCUGUUGCUCUCCUACAAGCAAUACCUCCAUGUUUUCAUACUUGGGUUUCCCUCUGAAUUCAUGAAUCCUGAAAAGGCUGUCCGUUGAUUGUGGUGGUUUUAAGGGUUUUCUAACCCCCGACAAAGCGUCUGCUGUUAUAUUCGGCCAACUGAGCUGAGUUUUUGUGUUUGGGUGAUGUGGCUGGCAUUGGAGAGCUUUUCUAAUGAUGGAUCGGCUGCUUGUGGAUGUACCAAAAUGACUAUCCCCCAGCUGAGGAAGGAAUGACUUCAGCUUUUCCUGUUUGUGUCCACUAACCAUGUUGAACUUGAAGACCAUGCAUUCUGUGCUGUUCGGUUAAAGGGGGAACUUACUGAACCUGACAUU